AUGUCCCAAACCAUGAAGCCGCAAAUUUCUCCCCCAGUAACCACCGGCUCACUCACGUUCAAGGUGCAUCGGCGGCAGCCAGAGUUAGUUUCUCCGGCGAAGCCAACACCUAGAGAGCUCAAACUCCUCUCCGAUAUCGACGACCAAGAAGGACUAAGAUUCCAUAUUCCCACAAUCUUUUUCUAUAGACACAAUCCUAGUGCUUACUCCGAUCCAGUCGUAGUGGUUCGAAGAGCCCUCGCAGAGACACUGGUCUACUACUACCCUCUUGCGGGUAGGCUCCGAGAAGGACCGAACCGGAAACUAGCCGUGGACUGUACCGGUGAAGGUGUUUUGUUCAUAGAGGCAGAUGCUGAUGUGGCGCUUGCUGAGUUCAAGUGA